CCGGAAGCGGCGUCCUGCAGCCGUGCACGCUUCUCUCUUUGGUGCCCCUGGAGUAAGUUCCAGAAACCGGCGGGCCAAUCAGAGUGAAAAUCGUUUGAAGCCCUCGCGAGAUUUGUCUUCUGCUCUUGCGCCUUUCCGAGCCGUGUUCCUCCGUUAUCUGUACAGAGAGGGAAUCAACCGGGAGCCAUGUCUCGGCGGAGGCACAGCGAUGAGAGUGAUGGAGGGCAACCUCACAAAAGGAGAAGAGCAUCUGAACCGCUUGAAAUAGAAGACCGUUUGGAGUCCUUGAUAUGUAGAGUUGGAGAGAAGAGCUCCUCAUCACUGGAGAGUAACUUGGAGGGCCUUGCUGGGGUCUUGGAAGCUGAUCUACCGAACUAUAAAAGCAUCAUCCUAAAAAUCCUCUGUGCAGUUGCACGUACUUGUCCAGAGAAAAUGACUGUUUACACUACGUUAGUGGGACUGCUGAAUGCUAGAAACUACAACUUCGGUGGGGAGUUCGUAGAAGCCAUGAUUCGUCAACUCAAAGAAACUAUCAAAUCUAAUUUGUACACAGAAGCUACAUACCUUGUACGCUUUCUGUCUGAUCUUGUGAAUUGCCACGUUAUUGCAGCACCUUCUAUGGUCGCAAUGUUUGAGAACUUUGUUGGGGUCACUCAGGAAGAAGAUAUACCUCGGGUGCGAUCUGACUGGUAUGUGUUUGCUCUCCUCUCCUCCUUACCUUGGGUUGGAAAAGAACUUUAUGAGAAGAAGGAUGUUGAGAUGGAUCGUAUUUUUUCACAAAUCGAAAGUUACCUCAAGCAACGUCAAAAACUUCAUGUGUCUAUUUUACAAAUAUGGGCAGCGGAUAAACCUCACCCACAGGAAGAGUACUUGGAUUGCCUGUGGGCACAGAUUCAAAAGCUGAAAAAGGAUCGCUGGCAAGAGAGGCACAUCCUGCGUCCUUACCUUGCAUUUGACAGCACACUGUGUGAAGCCCUGCAGCAUAACCUCCCACCCUUCACACCCCCGCCUCACACUGAGGAUUCAGUGUAUCCAAUGCCAAGGGUCAUUUUCAGGAUGUUUGAUUAUACUGAUGCCCCUGAGGGUCCAGUGAUGCCUGGAUCUCAUUCUGUUGAGCGAUUUGUUAUAGAAGAUAACCUGCACUGUAUUAUUAAGUCACACUGGAAAGAGAGGAAAACUUGUGCAGCACAGCUACUUAGCUACCCUGGCAAGAAUAAAAUUCCCUUAAAUUAUCAUAUUGUUGAGGUCAUUUUUGCAGAGUUGUUUCAGCUUCCUAUGCCUCCACAUAUUGACGUUAUGUAUACAACACUGUUAAUUGAACUUUGCAAGCUGCAGCCUGGGUCUUUACCACAAGUGCUUGCUCAAGCCACCGAAAUGCUAUACACUCGAUUGGACACGAUGAACUCUAUUUGUGUGGACAGGUUCAUAAAUUGGUUUUCUCACCACCUAAGUAAUUUUCAGUUCCGAUGGAAUUGGGAAGAUUGGUCUGACUGUCUUUCUCAAGAUCUAGAUAGACCUAAGCCUCAGUUUGUUCGUGAAGUUUUAGAGAAAUCCAUGAGGCUUUCUUACUAUCAGCGGAUAUUGGACAUCGUGCCGUCAUCCUUUUCUGCCUUGUACCCAGCAGAGCCCAAGUGUGUUAACAAAUAUGAGGAUGAGAGCAGCAGUGCUCUACCUGGAUAUGCAAUUGCUGUGGUUUUGACAAAUUCUAUAAAAAAUAAGGCUAUGAGUGAUGAUAUUUUAAAUAUUUUAAAAGAUUUACCAAAUCCUAAUCAAGAUGAUGAUGAUGAUGAAGGAAUCAGCUACAAUCCACUCAAAAUAGAGGUUUUUAUGCAGUGCCUGCUCAACUUGGCCUGUAAAUCAUUCAGUCAUUCAUUUAGUGCACUUGCAAAAUUUCAUGACGUAUUGAAAGCACUGACUGACAGUGAAGAAGGAAAGCUUCAUGUUCUGAGAGUUGCUUAUGAUGUCUGGAAAAACCAUCCCCAGAUGACUGCAGUACUUGUAGAUAAGCUUAUACGGACCCAGAUUGUUGACUGUGCUGCUGUGGCCAAUUGGAUUUUCUCACCCGAGUUAUCUCAGGAGUUCACAAGACUGUACAUUUGGGAAACUUUGCAUUCUACAAUUAGGAAAAUGAAUAAACAUGUUCAGAGAAUACAGAAGGAGUUGGAAGAUACAAAGCAAAGACUGGCCAAGCAGCACAAACGUAGAGACAAUGAUGACGACAGUGGAAGGGAGGAUGGGCCUCUGGAGGAACAAAUAGAGCGCCUACAAGAGAAAGUGGAGUCUGCUCAAAGCGAGCAGAAAAAUCUUUUCCUUGUCAUUUUCCAGCGCUUUAUCAUGAUUCUGACGGAGCACUUAGUACGCUGUGAAACUGGAGGUAUUGAUGUGAUCACUCCAUGGUACAAGAUCUGUAUAGAAAGGCUUCAGCAAAUCUUCUUACAGCAUCAUCAGAUAAUCCAGCAGUACAUGGUGACCCUGGAAAACUUGUUGUUCACAGCAGAAUUGGAUCAUCACAUCCUGACAGUCUUCCAGCAGUUCUGUGCACUACAAGCUUGAUACGAACACUGGGAUCUUGUCUGGACCUUACAAAGCUGGAGUCUAAUUGGACAUGUUACAUUUUUUUUAAUGAAAACAUUGGAUGACACAUUUUAAAUGUGGUUCUAGUAGAUUAAAGGAAUACUUUUUUUUGCUAGUAUUUAAAAUAAUCAGGCUUCAGUGUAGGAAUACAAUAUGGAAUUCUAGCAUAAAAUACCUUUUUUCUUUUGGAUUAUCCAUGAAGCUUUAGCAUUCAUGUGGUUUUUGAUUUCCCCUCAUCUUUGUAGUCCUAUUUCAGACUAUUUUAAUGUAUUGUUAUGACUUCUUGUUGCUAUGUGAAGAUAGGAAUCCAGUUUUGUAAAGGGGCUGUACAACAUGUAUUCUUUUUUUUUUUUUUUAUCUACAAAUAUAUUGGAGUUGUGAAACUUAAUUUGCCUGCUUUUUUUCCCCCCAUGAAAUGUCUUUAUUUUUGACAAAUGUCUCAAUUUGAAUACAGAAAAUACUUUGUUU